CGCAAACAGAACCGUGGAUGGCUGUGUCGUGUUAGUUCAUGAAGUUUUACCAUCUAUUUAAGUAAUCAAAAAUGGAAAAUUCUGCAAAAGCAGAGGAGUGUGAAAAGAUCACUCUUGAAGAGGCAAAAGCAUCAAUAGAUUUGGAAACAGAGUCUUCAUUCAGUAUUAAUGAAAACACAACCACUCCUGGGACUGGGCUUUCUGAAAAGGCUCCUAUCUGUGGACAAGUAGACACACCAAAAAAGAGAAAAAUGGAAUUUGAAGGUGAUCUUACAAAGGAAAGUUCUAGUUGUGGGGAGGAUACUCCAACCAAGAAAAGAAAACUUGAUGCUGAAAUUGUCUCAGAGGAAAAAGGUUCUGGUGAUGAUGAAGGCAUUUCAAGGAAAAGAAGAAUGGAAACUGAUGAUUUUCCAAAAGAUGAACCUUCUACUGGAAAUGGCACACAGAAAAAGAGAAAAAUAGAACUUGAAGAUGUUCCUGAAAAGCAAAAAAACUUAGAAGAGGGACAUAGUUCAGCAGUGGCUGCCCACUAUAAUGAACUACAAGAAGUUGGUUUGGAGAAGCGUAGCCAAAGUCGUAUUUUUUACCUAAGAAACUUUAAUAAUUGGAUGAAAAGCGUCCUCAUUGGGGAAUUUUUAGAAAAGGUACGACAGAAAAAAAAACGUGAUAUCACUGUUUUGGACCUGGGAUGUGGUAAAGGUGGAGAUUUGCUCAAGUGGAAAAAGGGAAGAAUUAACAAGCUAGUUUGUACAGAUAUUGCUGAUGUUUCUGUCAAACAGUGUCAGCAACGGUAUGAGGACAUGAAAAAUCGUUGUCGUGAUAACGAAUAUAUUUUCAAUGCAGAAUUUAUAACUGCUGAUUGUUCAAAGGAACUUUUGAUUAACAAAUUUCAUGACCCAGAAAUGUGCUUUGACAUCUGCAGUUGUCAGUUUGUCUGUCAUUAUUCAUUUGAAUCCUAUGAGCAGGCUGACAUGAUGCUCAGAAAUGCUUGUGAGAGACUGAGCCCUGGAGGCUAUUUUAUUGGUACCACUCCCAAUAGCUUUGAACUGAUAAGACGCCUUGAAGCUUCAGAAACAGAAUCAUUUGGGAAUGAGAUAUAUACUGUGAAGUUUCAGAAGAAAGGAGAUUAUCCUUUAUUUGGCUGCAAAUAUGACUUCAACUUGGAAGGUGUUGUGGAUGUCCCUGAAUUCUUGGUCUAUUUUCCAUUGCUAAAUGAAAUGGCGAAGAAGUACAAUAUGAAACUAGUCUACAAAAAAACAUUUCUGGAAUUCUAUGAAGAAAAGAUUAAGAACAACGAAAAUAAAAUGCUGUUAAAACGAAUGCAGGCCCUGGAGCCGUAUCCAGCAAACGAGAACUCCAAACUUGCCUCCGAGAAGGUGGAUGACUAUGAACAUGCAGUAGAGUACAUGAAGAACAGUCAAGUAAGGUUACCUUUGGGAACCUUAAGUAAGUCAGAGUGGGAAGCCACAAGUAUUUACUUGGUUUUUGCAUUUGAGAAGCAGCAGUGAGCCAUAUACGCACCAGGACAGCUGUGUCCCGUCCUGUACAGAUUUGAAUGAUCCAUCCUAGAUUUGACAACUUUCUGUUUGUUUGUUUUAAUUAUUCUAAAUGUGCAGGAUGCUGCCGGAAGCUCCAGUGUAUAAAUUCAACAUUUGCUGUCUGUGACAGAUGAACUUUUGUGUGUGUAUAUAAGAAUGAGUUGGGACCUUUGUCUUUAAAAAUCUAUUUUUAAGUAACGUUCUAAGAAUUCCAUUUGCUGCACUACUCUCUUAGUGCAUAAAAAUUAUAGUAUGACUUGUUAGAGCUGCUGAACUCUUUCCACAGUGCUCUGAUUUGUUCAGUGUUUGUUUACAGUAUUAAAUUCAUUGCAGUUGUAGAAUUGAUGAGGGAGCAUACUGGUUUGUGGGGGUUUGUGCUCAUUUCUGUAGUUUUGUCAUAUAGUAUUUUUCAAGAUUAAAUGGAUUGUGUUCUGUACAAUUGAAUGUGUUCAAUAUAUAUCACUAAAGUUGUAAGUUUAAAACAAAAUUUUAGAUGGCCAUGAAAGUUAUUUACCUAGAAUUUUAGCCAGUUAUUACAUUUCAUUAUAAAUACUAACUACUUUAUAUGCUAAUAUGAUCUAAUUCUGGAACUGGUUAGAAUGUUUUAUAUGCCAGCAUAAAAUUGUUUUGGAUUUUAGGGGCUUUAUCUUAAGAAUUUCCUUCCAUAGCAAUUAAUGUUUCUGGUUAUCAAGAAUGUAAUUAGACAGAUUUCCCUUUCUUCAUUGAACAAAAAUGCCAUAGUUGUUUUUCCACGAUUUAAUGAAAACCUGUCCCAUGCGAACCUGUUGCACAUUUUCCUCAGAUACAUGUAUGGAACUGCAACAGGAGGAUGAGACUAAAAGAAGCUGAAAAGCAGACUUCAGAUGAAUUCUCCCUGACAUUAGAUAGAGCUUACUGGCACUGUGUGCUGGGUAGAUCCUUUACUCCCCUUCAGCCCUGAGAGAAGCAGUUCCUGCUCUUCUAUUACAUCAUACUUUGUGCAGUAGGAUGCCGCAUCUCAUCACCACUCAGAAUUUGUAUUUGCCAUUUCAGAACUGUUAACCGUUUUUCAGCCCUGGCUUCUUGCUUGACUCCUCUUCCAAAACUGACACCUAGGUGAACUGUUGUCCUUACUUUACAUUACUGUUUAAAACACUUGCCAGUGUUUAGGUAUAGUGAAAAACUUACAAAGAACAAAGCAGAGCAAUUAUUGCAUAGUCUUCUAAAAAUCAUUUAUUUAUGCAUGGAUUUAAAAGACAUUACUUUCUGUAAUUAUCCAGAGUAUUUGUUUAAAACGUGAGGUUUCUUAAUUUGUUUAUAUAUGUUGAUUAUUCAUGGUGUUAGAAUAGUAGACCUUUUAACAAGAGAACACGGGUUACCUAAUUUCUGUUUCUUGUGCAACUUGUCAAUCUCCAAACUGUUACCAGUUUACAAAAAUUAAGUCUUUUU